CAGAAAUCGGCCCAAUAAUUUGGGCCGUGGUUUCAUUAACACAUCGCUCGAUCGUAUCUCGAUACUCUAGCCCAAUGGACCUGCCUGAAGAAACCUCCUCCUCAGCCGCCGCCGUCGGCGGUGAUGUUCGCCGGCGAAGGACGUGCACGACUGGAUGCGGCCGCCCUAUAAACGUGUGCCUCUGCCACGCCCUCCCUUCAGCUCCUGUCCCCACGGCUACGCAGGUCGUCAUCCUCCACCACCCCCACGAGCGCCGCCACAAACUCGCCACCGUCCCCGUCCUCGCCAAAUGCCUCCGGAACUGCGAGAUUAUCGUCGGACGCAAGAUGAAGUACGGGCAAUCGGGGCUUCUGGAUUCUCUCCACGAUCAGGCCAGCGAAAACCCUAAUUUGCCUCUCCGUCGAGCUGUUUAUCUCUUCCCUGGUCCAGAAGCAUUGCCAUUUGGUGAAGUCAGUCAGAUGUAUUCCUCUCUUGAUGAUGCAGGCAAGGAGGGUCUCGUUCUGAUCGUUUUUGAUGGAACUUGGAAGCACGCCAAGGAAAUGAUGGUUGCAAGUCUAUCGUUUUUAUCCAAGUUUGCUGUUCAAGUUUGUUUAAAUUUUGAUGCUGCAGCAGAUGGUGGCACUAUUUUUGAUUCGGAGUUGAUUCUAAGGAAAGAGCCGUUUGCUGGGUGUAUGAGUACAAUGGAGGCGGUUGCCAGAUGUUUACGAGUACUUGAGCCUGAUGGCGCUGAUAUUGAGUCGAGGAUCAUUGAAGUUUUGAGAGCUAUGGUUAGUUUGCAAGCUUGUUACUUGAAGCCCUUGAGGCCUAGAACUAAGUUAGUGAAAAAUAAUGCAGGGCAAAACAAGAUGAAUAAUGAUGAUAAAGAAUCUCCCUGCCAAUGAUAUCAUCAAAUUAAUUUUGUCCAAAUUGUUAUAUUUAUGUGGAAAUGAUGAACCGCGUUUCAUGUUCCAUUA